GAUCAAAGCAUCUGGCCUGAAGCUGAGGUUCUGCACUAAUGAAACCCAAGCAACUCGGGAGAACUUUGUGAAGAAGCUGCAGGGAAUGGGCUUUGACAUCAACGUGUCCGAGGUCACGGCCCCGGCGCCCGCAGCCUGCCGCAUCCUGAAGGAGCGCGGCCUGAGACCUCACCUGCUCGUGCACGAUGAUCUUGUCCCUGAAUUUGCUGAGGUUGACAAAACAAACCCAAACUGUGUGGUCCUUGGAGAUGCAGCUGAAAGCUUCACCUAUGCAAACCUCAAUGAAGCUUUCCGAGUUUUGAUUGGGAUGGAGAAGCCUGUUUUGAUUUCCCUUGGAAGAGGACGCUACUAUAAAGAAACCGAUGGCCUGAAACUUGAUGUUGGAGCAUAUAUGAAGGCAUUAGAGUAUGCUUGUGAUGUUCAAGCUGAGGUAGUGGGAAAACCAGCAAAAAGGUUCUUUGAGUCAGCCCUAGCCGAGAUGGGAGUUCCACCAGAGCAGGCCAUCAUGAUCGGGGAUGAUAUUGUGAAUGAUGUCGGGGGCGCGCAGCGCUGCGGGAUGAGAGCUCUGCAAGUGAGGACGGGGAAGUACAG